UUUGAAGCCUAUCUCAAAGCCAGAAUGGAUUUCAAUCGAGAUGCCGGCAAUGAGACAGCCAGUCAGCUUCAACUCAAUAUUCAGAAUUUAAAUCAACAAGUUAUUCAAUUGGAAUCCUUUAUCACAAAUCUAUCAGAUAGCAGUGAAUCAGGACAAAGAGAACGGGAGCUUUUCAAUCGCAAAGCUCAUAAUGCUCAGGAACUCUCGAAGGAAACCAAUGCCCUGCUGAAAAGAUUAGUUGUGAUGAGCAACUCUGAUAAGAACUUACGAGGAGUCCGAGAGCGUCUUCAAAAUGAGUAUAUCGGAGUGCUCAACCGCCUUCAAGCAUCUCAACGAAAAGCUGCACAAACUGAAAAAGCUGGAAUGGUUGCAGCAGAAAUGGAUGCUCAAGCGGCACGUGAUGCUGCCGAAUACGAUAUGUACGGAAAUAAUGGACGAAGUGGUGGACAGAUGCAGAUGACGGCACAGCAACAAGGAAAUUUGCAAGAUAUGAAAGAACGACAAAAUGCAUUACAACAAUUGGAACGAGAUAUUGGAGAUGUUAAUGCGAUUUUCGCCGAACUCGCGAAUAUCGUACACGAACAAGGAGAUAUGGUGGAUUCGAUUGAGGCAAAUGUGGAGCAUGCACAGAUUUACGUUGAACAGGGUGCUCAAAAUGUGCAACAAGCCGUCUACUACAAUCAGAAAGCCCGUCAAAAGAAGCUUCUCCUUCUCUGUUUCUUUGUUAUUCUUAUCUUUAUCAUUGGAUUAACCCUCUACCUGGCUAAGUAAUAGGAGUGUCUCUGUUCUGUGAAUAUGCUUCCUGUCCUAUAUUUAUUUGAAAAACAUACUGAGAAUCGAGCUUUUAUUAUAAGUCAUGUGUUUGUAUACAGUCUAACCUAAGUCUAAAAUAUGUUCAACUCCUCAAUUGUACUAACUUCCCUCUCGUUGCUUUUUUUCGAAUUUUUCUCAAUAAAAUGUAUUGAUUGAA